UUUGGGGAGUAGUUGGACAGCCAUUGCAGUGUCGUGGCUCAGUAACAAAACACGAAAAAGGAGAGGAAGACCUGGCAUUUCACAGGCUCUCUCAUUUUCGAUCAGGAGAUAAAUUUACAUGAGUAAAAGAGCCAACACAAACGGUAAAUUGGUCUUCACCUAAACAACGGGACUCAACAGCUCCGGAUAUGUCAUUCCUAUUUGACUGGUUUUAUAGCAGUUUCAAUACCGUGCUACAGUUUUUAGGACUGUACAAGAAAUGCGGCAAGUUAGUAUUUCUUGGCCUGGACAAUGCUGGCAAAACAACGCUACUGCACAUGCUCAAAGAUGACAGACUGGGACAGCAUGUGCCAACUUUACAUCCCACCUCGGAGGAGCUGACGAUCGCUGGCAUGACUUUCACUACCUUUGACCUUGGAGGCCAUGCACAAGCCCGCAGAGUGUGGAAAAACUACCUCCCUGCCAUUAAUGGCAUCGUCUUCCUUGUGGACUGUGCAGAUCACAUCAGGUUGGCUGAAUCAAAAGCAGAACUUGAUGCAUUAAUGACAGAUGAGACCAUUGGAAAUGUGCCUAUCCUGAUCCUGGGCAACAAGAUUGACAGAAAUGAUGCCAUCAGUGAGGAGAAACUGAGAGAAUUGUUUGGAUUGUAUGGACAGACAACUGGCAAAGGCAACAUUGCCUUGAAGGAGCUGAACACGAGACCACUGGAGGUGUUCAUGUGCAGUGUCUUGAAGAGGCAGGGCUAUGGUGAUGGCUUCCGCUGGCUCUCCCAGUACAUCGAUUAAAGCAGCCAAGCCCCAUAAUACACCAACACCAUCACCACCACCAUCACCAUCGGGGGGUGGGGCGCUGAACCCAACCACUCAAGACGCCCGUCGUUGCCACCGGUACCAUCUUACUCAGCCCCAUGUUUGGUUAACAAGUCUGCCUCCACCUUCAGAGAAACCAGUACAACUUGAUCCCAAUAGACUUUUAUUGGUCGAACAUUUGGUUCCGCACUUACAGAAAUCAUGCCUGUACACACAUACACACAAACUCAAAUCCAUCUAUGUCUUUUUCUAAGAGUAACAUAGCAUUGGUUCCAUCGCAAAGGGUUUUCAAAUUGAAACAGAUGAGUCUUUUCUAUAUUGUGUCUGUCAUUCGCUGCCCCCCCCCCCCCUCCAUCCUGCCAUCAGUUGAGUGUGAUGAUAGAUGCAUUAUAACUGUAAAUCUGUAUAUGAUUCCAUUGGUAUAUCAACAAUCCUGAUGCCUAUGUCCCCUCUUAAACUCAUUUUGAGCUGUGAGAGAGAGCAAAAUAGUUGUAUACAUUGCAGUACACUUUUUUAACAGUAAAGACAUUCAACAUUGUAUUUAAUCAACACAUUUUGGUUUGUCCUGUUUUUUCUUUUCUUUCUUCCUUUUUUCUUUUUCUUUUUUUUUUCUUUUUUUAACAUUUCAAUUAAAUAAUGUAUGGCCACAAAUACAGCCCUCACUAUAGAUGCAUGGCUGUUUCACCCAUUAAUUAGAUGGACCAGUGCAUUUAUCAGAGUGUAUCAGAAAUGUGAUCAGUUCCUUUAGGAUUACUUAUAAGUUAAAAACUUCAGUUCCAGACUUUUCUAUCUUGUGGGUACAGUUGCAUUGAAUGGACCCACGUAAUCCAUGGGCUCCCCUUUGAAAAAAAAAAAAAACAACCAUGGGGUCGGAGUAGAGCAGAACGGAUAUGAUUUUUAAUAGAAAAUAAUACAAGCUAUAACCCAGGAAAAGUUUGUAAUAGUGCAUAUGGCACAUGGGUCAGUUGAUGCAAAGAAUACUAUUUAAAUAAAUGAAACUUUGGGAUGAAUAGCUUGAUAAUAACAUGCAGUAAGAGAUGAUAGGAGGACUAAACAGAGGGUUGUAACAUCUAGUAAUUAUCAAUGUUAGAAUUCCAUCCUUCAGAUGUAUUUUCCAGUGCAGACCUUUUUACAGGGUGAAUCUAGUGACCAAGUGUAGAUACAGAGGACACAGUCCCCCAGUGGGAACAGAUAGAUAGGCCUUAGACGCCUCUAAGAAAGGGACCAUAUAUAUAUGAAAUGUACAUGAACAUCGUACAUGGAUUUUGUAUUGAUAAGUGGUAUCCUUUGAUCUAUGUGCAUUACCAGAAACUAUUAUGCAUGCCUUGUUCUUUUGAGUUUAAUGACCAAUAUUCCAGAGUGAACAACAGGAGAGGAAGAGAUGCCAAAAUUUACAAUAAGAGUUGAUUUUCAUGUUUUUUUAAACAGAAACAAUGGAAUUGCGCUUAAUACACAUUUUUUUCUGUCCCUGUCCCUUUGUGUCUUUUUCAUUCCCUCAUGACUACGUGAUGAGCUGUUCCAACCAGGGUGGGACUUGCUGUUGUUUGCAUCAUAAAAAUGUAAUAAAUGUUUUCAAUGAAUAACAGGCUUUAA